AUGCUAUCAGAGGUGAAGAGUGAGCUCAUGAAGCUGUCGUUAUCUCCAGCGAAAGCUGUACGCAAAGCUCGAGCAAUCCUUGAUCAAUCCGAAUCGGUCGACAAGUAUCUACUCGGGCUAUCCAACGACGACCAUUAUGCCUUUCCGGAUCUUGAGCUCUGCCUACAGUCCCUGCCACUCCGCAGCGAAGAUGUGUCAUCCGAGGAAAGAAGUGAGUUGCACAGCAUGGGCUUGAGGCUGUGGAACGCUUGCUGCGGCCUCGAUCGGGACGUGUUGGGUGAGAAGGAUAGGGCGAAUAAGGCUAAAGUAAGGGCGUUUGCGUCUCUUCUGCUUGAGAGUGCUUGGUCGAGGAGUGCUCUGUCCAUGGAAGUACAUCUCAAGGCAUUGAACAUUGGCUGUCUGGCUGCAAGAGCCUGCCUAGCACAUAACGAUGUCCCCCUUGCCAACAAGGUCGUCGAGACUGUUGCUCCGCAUGACCAGCAAAUUCAAAUUGCGUUGCGAGAUGACAUGACGAAAGUCUAUACUACGAGCGGUAGCUCUGCAGUUGUCUUUGUGCUGACACGCAUAGCAUUAGCCUGGAAACAAGAACGUCUCGAUCUCGCAAACCAUUUCUACCAAAGCCUAUACAAAUCGGAUUCGACUCUUCCUAAUUUCCAUGACGGACGUGCCGCCGACCUUUGCCUCGAGAUUGGCGUUGAUCUGCUCGACGGAGGACUGUACAGUGCCGCCUUGGAGUGGCUGGAACGAGCGAAACUACAAAAUGAGCUUGCGGAAGGAGAUGCAGCUGUUGAUGACCCCGAAGAGCUGCGGUUGAACAUCCUUCAUGCGACAGUCAGGGCUUUGAUGGGUAUCGGUAGCGAUGCACUUCUUCAUGCGGCACAAGAUACCUUGGACGCGAUGAAGCGUGACUUCGGACAACGGCUGCCAGUUCUCCUACUGGAGAUCGAGAUGAUGCAAAAAAGCGAGGCGAUCGAUGUCGAACGAUACAGUUCUGUGCUGCUGACCAUCGUUCGGACCGUCUACAUAACCGGUCCAAAUCACAAAUUGAUCAUGUAUCACAUUCAUCAGCUGAAAGCGCUCAGCGAUCAACAUGCAUAUGACCUGCUCAAGCAAUAUACUAUGACCCGUCUGGUGCCAGACUACAUCGAAGACUACAUCGAAUCCGCCAUUGUGGUACUGUGCUGGCUGGGAUCUGCGACAGAGUCAACCUUUGAGGUGCUUCCGGAAGAGCUUGAUGCUCUACAUAAGGCCCGCCCAAGAGGUCUGCGCGCUGAUGCUGCGAACGCUGCGGUACUCGUCCUCGGGAAGAUCAUUGAAGGACACAACGCGAAGUCGAAGCUGGAACAGAUCAUCUCAUAUUGUCGCGCCGCCCUGAAUCCGCUCUUUGCCGAGAUAGGAGACCGCAAUAGAGCCAGGAUACAGAGGACAAUGAUAGACGCACAGAUAAGGUCCGAAAACCUGCAAACGGCACUUACGUGCUGGGACGAUGUUGCAGAUGCGGCCAAGAAGGAUGCUUCCACGGUGUUCCUUCGCUUUCGCAUGGCUGUGGCAGCUGGCGAUGACGCCGGCACCGACACUUUCGGAGCCGCCCUCGUCAACUGUGCGGACACCAGUGCAGAUCUGCUGAUGAGCUGUGCCACUGAGAUGAAGCAAACCGGAAGCCUUCGUCGCGCUGCAUGGUUCAUGCAGCGAGCCCUCGAGAAAUUGACUGGCCAGGAGCCGCCGCACGUCAAUUUCGAUACGAUCCUGUACUCUACAGCCCGUCUCCAUCUCGGGGUUCUGGAAGAGAAUAUUGAGCAGAUCGACUACGAAGUCCUCUCUAUGCUCUGCAGUGUCUUCCGCACCGCUGCGAACCAUCACACUCGGGGGGCUGGACGUGGUGACGAGAAGCUCUUACCUGAUGUAUGCGAGUGGUUCGAGAAGGCUGGGUUCAAUGCUGCUUUGAAGCACGCGAAGCAAUGGCCGACCAAAUACACCAUUGACCUCCUUGAGCAUUGCACUGUCUUCAGCAAUGAGGUCAGUCACCUGGCGAAUGUUCUGUUCCUGCAGGCCAUGCUUUACGCCACGGCAGCACGUCAGUGCAUACACUCGACCACGAUCGAAGACAUUCCACGCACAUCCUACCACGCUCGCGAGCCACCGCAGACCCACCGUUUGCGACAUCACCUAUACAAGCAGGUGCUGCACCGCUACCACCGACUAAAGUCAAUGUUCGAUCCAGGUCGAGUCACUGAGGGCGGCGUAGACCUUGACAUUCAAGGCAAGGCUGCAGACACCUUGGUCAUGGCGUUCGAGGCACAAGUCUUCCUCUGCAAAGUGAAAAUCAUCGACGGCCUGCCAGCGAGCGAGUUGAGUUUGCUGCAGCUCAUCGACGACAUACCAAAGCUUACAGAAUCUCUCAAGGCACAUGCUUGCGUCGGAGAUCUCGUACUGUCGGCGACGCUGUCGCAGACCGGAGAUUCAGGCACUCUUGAGAGUGGCGGCCACCUUCCUCUCACGACCGCUAUUGCUCUCAUUGCCCGGCUGUUGACACUCUUCCGUGAGCGAGACUGCUAUACGACCACGCAAGCCGCUCGAUGGAUUCGUUGUAUCGUGCAGCUGGUGCUUGACGUUCAGCCGCCCGUCUCGACUAGCACAGUGACGAAGCCAGAUUCAGGGUCUCCCAACACGCAGGCAACCUUGACCACAACGACGAGCACUACUGUCAACAACAAGACCCUGGACAUUCUUUCACCGGUCGUGGCGGAAUCUAUAUCAAUCGCUCGCGCCGCGGCUGAGGCUAUGAGCGUGACCAAUCCACUCGGAGAAGUCCCCAGGCGUGCAGCUGCCCAGAAUGAAUUGUAUCCGGCAGACGAACUUCAGUGGCUCGCAACGACACUGUUCAACCUUGCAGUAGAUCUGCACUUCGCGAAUCAGCCGGACUUAGCUUCUCAGUGGGCCAGAGGUGCGAUUGAGCUGGCUGAUAUACUGGCGUUAUAUCUUGACGGGAAGAGUGGUGGCUCUGGGCCGGGCGCUCAGGCCGGCGGCGGUCGUGGCCUGGCUCAGACGUUACGCAAGAAGGCUGUCCUUGCUGGGUGGGUCAUGAUGGAUCUCAACAUAAGCUGA